UUUAAAGCUGAACUUGUAGAGAGAGAGGGACAGUAAAAUGAUAGGGAAGCAGUGUUCGUUUGUUUCUUUAUAAGUGAAAUUUUCAAAUAUAAAAUUUUUCAUGGAUGGGAUAAAAAAAAUGCAACUUAUGGCCCAGAUUAAGUCUUUGCAAAAUGGAAAUAUUCAUUUAUUUGAUUCUAACAGCUAUUUGGUGGGUGAUAUCACUUUCUGUCUUAUUGCCGUUUCUAGUUUUAUUGCUGAUAAGCGAAACAGUCAAAGAUAAGUGGCUAACUUUUAUCUUCUUAAAAGUAUGCGGACCACGAUUUGGACCAAAGUUUGUACCAAUGCGUAAGCAACUUUUCAAGCUUUUAGAAGAACAUCUGUCGAAGCGAAACAAAUCUGUCCCGUUAAAAAUGUUGGAAAUUGGAGUAGGGGGUGGUGCAAAUUUGCAAUUUUAUCCUGAAAAUUCUUCUCUGACAGCCUUAGAUAAGACUCCUCCUACACUGUUCGAUAAAAAUAGAAAAAAAUUUCCUCAUGUGAACUUGGAUGGAAUCGUUGUGAACUACGCGGAAGAUAUGAAGGAAGUCCCGAGUGGUGUUUUUGAUGUUGUUGUUUCUAUGCAUGUUCUAUGUUCUGUAACAAGUGUUGAUUCUGUUAUGAAAGAAGUAAAAAGAGUUCUCAAACCUGGAGGCAAGUUUCUUUUUAUGGAACAUGUUGCUUUUCCAAAAACUCAAGCAAGCUACUACAUUAUCCAACUGUUUGCAACACCAUUGUGGGCAAUUUACUUUGAUGGAUGCUUCUUGAACAGAAACAUUACUGAUUCAAUAAAAAAAGCUGGAUUUAGAGAUGUGCAUUGCGAACACACCUAUAUACCAUUCUUACCAAUAUUUUUUCGGCCACAUAUUUCUGGAAUCGCCACACUGUGAUAGCACAUUACUUUAUUUAGCAUAUCACAAAAUUUAUUCUAAAAAUGAGGUAACUCAUAUGUUAUGUGUAAAUAUAGUGACGUCACGAAUAUAAUGAGAUAAACAGGACUUUAUAAUGCGA